AUGUCACAACACGUGUCACUGUCACAUUCUUGCUCUGUCUCCCCUAUAUGGAUACUCUUCCUCCCCACUUCCUUCUUGCAGAAAAUCGAUGGCCCAGAUGUUCUCACGCGCACGCCCUCGGAGAUCGCAGUGUCACAGGGCCUGUCCCGCUCACCGCCCUCAUGGAAGGCCCUCGGCGCCACCCCAAAGGAGCCAGCUCAGGGCAAGGGUGCUGCUGCCCCGGUGGUGCUGGAGUCGGUAGCUGUGGACAGUGGGAACUCUGAUCAGGUUGAGAGUGUGUGCGCCGCUGCUUCUGCUGGCCAUGUGGACCAGUUGAACGAGCUGCUCUCAGCUACCCCUUCCCUCGCCCACUGCAGUGACUACAAUGGCCGCACCCCCUGGUAUUCACUCACUCCCAUCCAUGUGGCAGCCGCCCAUGGCCAUGUCAGCUGCAUCAACGCCAUUCUGCAGCGCAAUGGCGUCGAUGUGAAUGCACUUGAUCGCAAUGGCGCCACCCCUGUCCUCGAGGCAGUGAAGAACGGUCAGAGCAAGGCAGCAGAGGCACUGCGGGCAGCCGGUGCUGCUCUCCUGCUCAAGGACCCGGGGGCCACCCUCUGCCGCCUCGCUGCAUCCGCAGCUACAGAGGCCAGCAGCAGCAAGAGCGGUGGCAGCAACGUGCAGUAUUUGGAGCGGCUCCUGGCGGCAGGAGCAGACGUGAAUGCGCAGGACCAUGCCGGCUGCACUGCUCUGCACGUUGCAUGUGCCAACAGCAGCGUCGCUGUUGCAAAGCUUCUCAUGGCUCAUGGUGCGAACCCCCAUCUGGAGGACAUGAGUGGCAACACUGCCUAUGACCUGGCCAGCACUGCAGGCUCCCCUGACCUGCUGAACUCACUUGAGAGCUGA